UUCCGGGGGUUUUCGGCUGACGUAAUAAAAAAGCGACUGGUUGUUAUUGACUAGGUAUCUCUGCUCCACGUGCUGACUUCUCAAAUACAAUACAAUAACGUCGUUCCCGUGCGUUUUUCAACAAUUUGCAACUCAUGCAGUCCAACUGUUAUGAGUCGUUGCCGAGUCACCAGACGACAAAGUGACAAAAAUAGAAUAGAAAGCGACUGGAGUUCAAGAAUCGAGUCAAAACAUCACAGACUGAGGUCGCUGAAGGCUUCUUUGAGCAGCCCCGACUUAACCCCACCAUCAUCUCUCGCUUCGCGUCACCCCGGGAUGGACUUCAGUGAAUGCUACCAGGACACUGUGUCCACCGUGGCCGCCGCUGCCCGCGUAGGGGACAUGAGGCUCCUGAGGUCCUUCAUUCGCCAGGGCCGCAAAGUCGACCUUGUGGACAACCGGGGCUGGAGGGCCAUCCACGAGGCGGCCGCCGCCGGCAGGGUGGACUGCCUUAAGGAGAUCCUCUCUGCGGCCGCCAGGACGGCCGGCUCGACGGCGGGCUUCCAGGCGUACGUCAACUCGGCCACCCACGAGGGCGAGUCGGCCUGCUUCCUGGCGGCGAGAAGCGGCCACCUGGUCGCCGUCCGCGUCCUCCUCAAAGCCAGAGCCGACAUCGACCAGCUCACCAACGACCUAUCGUGUCCUCUCUACGCAGCGGUCAGCAACGGCCACAAGGAUGUGGUGGAGCUCCUAAUGGCCAAGGGGGCCCAAUUGAAUCGAUCGCACACGGCCUCCUGCUGGACGUGCCUUCAUCUGGCGGUCUAUCAGGAUCGCGUGGACAUCGUGCGAUUGCUGGUACGGUCGGCCAACCUGGAGGCACCAGACGACUACAAGAUAACGCCACUCUUCCUGGCGGCGCAGCACGGACGGCGGGAAUGUCUCGAGGUCCUCGUCCGCGCCGGCGCCAACGUGAACGCGCAGGCGGUGGACCUGGCCUCUCCGCUCCUGCUGGCUUCUCAGGAGGGUCACCUGUCUUGUGUGGACUUCUUGUUGGAAAACGGUGCAGAUGCUAACCUGGUGUGCAGCGAGGAUUGGCCCCAGCUGCCCAUCCACAUCGCCGCAGACUUCGGCCACCUCAGUAUCCUGCGGCGGCUGCUGAGCGUCACGGAACGUGCGUGCGACCGCGGCGAGGGCCUGGUGAGCCCGCUCUACCUGGCCAUUCAAAGCCGGCAGUUGCCCACCAUGGAGCUGUUGCUCGCCGAAGGCUUUAGCCCCGACGCCCAGAACUGCGACAGCCUCCUGAACGUGCACUCGCCGCUCUCCUUCGCCUUAAAAUGCAACAAAAGGGAGGCGGCCAGGAUGCUGCUGGCGGCGGGAGCGACGCUGGGCCUGGACGAGUGGCAUCUAGUGUUGACCCGUGACGACGCAGAUGUACUGAAGCUGGUGCUGGAACACAGGAGGCUUUACCCACCACGAUUCUUGAGCGACGACUCGGCGGCGGACGGCCGUUCAAGCAAGACGCCGCUGAGGCCGCCGGAGUUCGAAGACAUGGUGCAGGUGGCGCUGCAGCAGCCGGAGUUUGCCGGCAACUGGCUGCCGCCGCUCCUGAAGGCCGGACUGGAACCCGAGUUGCUGCUGCACUUCAACACAAUGAAUGUGGCCAACAGCGAGAUGGUCAAUUUCCUGCUGCAGUUUGUCAACUGGUCAACGGUGCCCCCCUCUUUGAAAGCCAUCCUGUGCCAUAGACGGGCAUUGAAGACGUGGCAACCAUUCCCGCAAUUUGACUCGGUCCCCGACCUGUCGCAUCUGUGCCGGCUGCAGAUCAGGAAUUUAAUGGGAUCCGACGCGGUGAUGAGACCAAAUGUGGUGGGCAGGCUCCCCGUACCACCGUGCAUCCACCGCUUCCUGCAGUUCGACGACGUCGUCUAGGAGACCCUUGAACAUCUUGUGGUGGCGCACCUUGUUUCUGUAACCGUUCCGGAAGUUUCGUCUGCAGCAGCGACAUUUAAGUGAAAAGUUGGUUGUUGUUGUUUUAAAUAACAAAUUCCAGUCGCGGAGAUGACACUGUGAGGUUUAAAUGGUGUUUAUGUUCAAUACGUUCGACGACGUCGCCUGGGAGACCCUUGAACAUCUUGUGGUGGCGCACCUUGUUUCUGUAACUGUUCCGGAAGUUUCGUCUGCAGCAGCGACAUUUAAGUGAAAAGAAAGUUGGUUGUUGUUGUUUUAAAUAACAAAUUCCAGUCACAGAGAUGACACUGUGAGGUUUAAACGGUGUUUAUGUUCAAUACGUUCGACGACGUCGUCUAGGAGACCCUUGAACAUCUUGUGGUGGCGCACCAUUUUUCUGUAACCGUUCCGGAAGUUUCGUCUGCAGCAGCGACAUUUAAGUGAAAAGAAAGUUGGUUGUUGUUGUUUUAAAUAACAAAUUCCAGUCACGGAGAUGACACUGUGAGGUUUAAAUGGUGUUAAUGUUCAAUACGUUCGAAUUAUAGUUUGUUACAAAUGUCUGCUGCUGUUUUGUUUCACUUGCAAAAUAAAAACUGUUUCUGCAGCAAA